AUGAAGCCUUCCAUGAAACCUGAGACCUUCCUGCUGGCCUCUGCACUGCUCUGCACCCUCCUGGGUUUGGGGUGCUCACUAAGCUGUGAGGUGUGUGUCAGUGACGGUCCCAACUGCAAUGGAAAACUGCAGACUUGUGCCCCGGACAAGGACUCCUGCAUUGUUGUCGUGACUGAGAGCAAUAGAAAGGGCUCCUUGGCGGUGACCAGCUACAAGGGGUGUGCGAAAUCCAGCGAGUGUGACUCAGGAUCCUUCGCCAUCACCAUGAACACUGAGAACUACAUGGGCUCCAGGAGGCGCUGCUGCCAGAACGAUGGGUGCAACCAGGAGCCCAUGCCCGCGAUCGUGAGAAACCAUACAGAGAAUGGCCUUCGGUGUCCUUCCUGCAUCACUGCCUUUUCGGAAACAUGCACUUCGACUCAGGAAGCGGUCUGCGUUGGUGAGGAAACCCACUGUGUCGCCGUGUCUGGCCUCGCACAGCCUGGUAUCAGAUUUGCAGCCCGGGGCUGUGGUACGGAGGCCGCCUGCCACAGCAAGCCUGGGACCCUGGUGCCCUCAGGCUCUCGUUUGUUGACCAUCAAGAAGACCAGCUGUCGUCCAAGCUCCCAGGCUUCUGGCAAGGCUGAGUGAGGAACUGAGGCCCAUGUGGUGUGUGGUCUCCAUUUGUUCUCAGACAGAUUCCCAGGUGUCUACAAAUUAAACCAGUUAAAACAACAAAAAAAAAAAAAAAA